AUGGCUGACUAUCUAAUUUCUGGUGAUAUCGGCUACGUUCCGGAUGAUGGCCUAACAGCUGCACAGCUUUUUGGAACUGACGGUUUAACAUACGACGAUUUCAUUAUUUUGCCUGGCUACAUUGACUUUGAAUCAGACAAAGUGGAUCUAAGGUCAGCCUUAACCAAAACGAUUACUUUAGAAUCCCCUCUGGUCAGCUCACCUAUGGAUACUGUAACAGAAUCUGAUAUGGCGAUUGCUAUGGCUCUUAAUGGUGGCAUUGGCAUUAUACACAAUAACUGUACGGCUGAAUUUCAAGCUUCUGAAGUUCGAAAAGUCAAGAAAUACGAACAAGGCUUUAUUACAGAUCCUCUCGUAUUAAGUCCGAAUAAUACUGUUAAAGACGUUAAAGAAGCAAAAAGAAGGCAUGGCUUUAGUGGGAUUCCGAUUACUGAAAAUGGUAAAAUGGGUGGAAAAUUAGUUGGCAUUAUCACGUCACGUGAUAUUGAUUUUCUACCUUCAGAUGACGAGAAUCGACUACUAGAUGAGGUUAUGACUCCAAGGGAAGAUCUAACGGUUGCGUAUGCAGGAUGCACCUUAGACGAGGCACAUGUCAUAAUGCAAAGAAGUAAGAAAGGGAAACUACCCAUUGUUAACAAAGAAGAUGAUCUUGUCGCUUUAAUAGCUCGCACAGAUCUCAAGAAAAAUCGUUCUUUUCCACUAGCAUCCACUGACAGUAAAAAGCAGCUACUCGUGGGAGCAGCUAUUGGAACUAGAGAAGAAGAUAAACAGAGAUUGGAUUCACUUGCGGAAGCAGGAACCGAUGUAAUUGUAUUGGAUUCUUCCCAAGGCAAUUCAGUGUAUCAAUUAGAUAUGAUACAACACAUCAAAAAAAAAUUUCCUAAUCUUCAAGUGGUUGGAGGAAAUGUUGUUACAGCAGCGCAAGCGAAAAACUUAAUUGACGCCAGGGUAGAUGCUCUUAGGGUUGGAAUGGGAAGUGGUUCUAUUUGUAUCACUCAGGAAGUCAUGGCAGUUGGGCGUCCUCAAGGAACCGCUGUAUACAAGGUCGCAGAGUAUGCACGACGCUUUGGUGUUCCUGUUAUUGCCGAUGGAGGAAUUUCAUCAAUUGGACAUAUAACUAAGGCUUUGAGUUUAGGUGCAUCAACAGUCAUGAUGGGAUCUAUGCUGGCAGGCAGUACCGAGGCACCUGGCGAAUACUUUUUUUCGGAUGGAGUAAGACUAAAGAAAUACAGAGGAAUGGGAUCUCUUCCUGCUAUGGAAAAAAAAGGAGGACAGCAACGAUACUUUAGCGAAAAGGAUAAAAUGAAGAUUGCUCAGGGAGUGUCUGGGGCAGUAAUCGACAAGGGAUCAAUUCAUCAGUUUAUAUCCUACCUAAUAGGAGGUAUGAAGCAUGGCUGUCAGGACAUGGGAGCGAAAAGCUUAUCCGCUCUUAGAGCUAGAAUGUAUUCUGGUGAGCUUAGAUUCGAAAGAUAUACCCAUUCUUCAAAGCGCGAAGGUGGUGUCCAUAGCUUAUAUUCAUUCGAAAAGCGCUUAUUUUAG